UCGGUGGUACCACUCUCCACGCCUUCGCAGGCAUCGGCUCUGGGAAGGCACCGCUGGAACAGUGUAUUCAGCUGGCAGAGAGACCUGGGGUGCGCCAGCACUGGCUGGCCUGCCAGCACUUAAUUAUUGAUGAGAUCUCAAUGGUGGAUGGCAAGUUCUUUGACAGGCUGGAAGCAGUAGCGAGGGCAGUCAGAAAACGGGAUGAGCCUUUUGGAGGAAUUCAGCUAAUCAUCUGCGGGGACUUCUUGCAGCUACCCCCAGUCUGUAAGGCUAAUGAAGAAACCAAGUUCUGCUUCCAGGCAAAAAGCUGGAGGAAAUGCAUCCACAUAAACAUGGAGCUGACUGAAGUGCGGAGACAGACCGACAAGACCUUUGUCUCACUCCUGAGUGCAGUCCGUUUAGGCAGGUGCACAGAGGAGGUCACCAGACUGUUGAUGCAGACUGCUGCCAACAGGUCAGAGCGUGAUGGGAUCCUGGCUACGCGGCUUUGCACCCAUAAAGAUGAUGUAGAAAUAACUAAUGAGAAACGCUUGCAACAACUAUCAGGUGAAGUGCACACUUUUGAGGCUUUGGACAGUGAUCCAAUGCUAGUGAAGUUAAUGGAUGCUCAGUGUCCUGUGGGUGGUAGAGUUGAGCUCAAGCUUGGAGCUCAGGUGAUGCUAGCAAAGAAUUUGAACGUGUCUCAAGGGCUGGUGAAUGGAGCACGAGGAGUUGUCGUAGGAUUUGAAAGUGAACAGAAGGGGCUGCCUAAGGUGAGGUUUCUCUGCGGGGUCACACAGGUCAUCAAAAUGGAGAAAUGGGUCUUCAAAGGACCAUCAGGAGUUCAUCUGAGUCGUCAACAGUUGCCUUUAAAAUUGGCAUGGGCUAUUUCCAUUCACAAGAGUCAGGGCAUGUCUUUAGACUGUGUGGAAAUCUCCUUGUCUCGUGUCUUUGAAAGUGGGCAGGCUUAUGUAGCCCUCUCCCGAGCCCGUAGCCUUGCAGGUCUCCGUGUUCUGGAUUUUGAUCCGAAAGUAGUGAGAGCUGAUCCUUCUGUGUUGCAAUUCUACAGACAGCUAAGAUAUCAUCAGCUUCUAACCCAGGAUUCACUACAUAACCAGCCAGGUGCUGAUGAGAAGGAGAACUGGAAAUGCAGCUGAAAAUGCUCUUUUGGCCUCUGUGAGGCAUCAGCACAGACUGCCGACUUGCAGCAAUCUUGCUAUUGAGUGUAUUUGGUAACAUAAAGUCAAAGGAAUGUUUUUAGAUGUUUUCUUAAUUCAGCUGACUCUGGAUACGUAGAAGUAUCUCUGUCUCAUGCCUCUGAAAUUUGGAAGGCUUCUCUAGCCCCUUCCUGGGCCCACAGCCUUGAGUACUUCUAUGUCACAGAUACAACUCUAGCAAACAAAAUGACUUGAAGAAGGACACACCUGAGGGACCUUCCUAUGAUUCUGUCCUGUCUGCCUGGUUGCAUUUUAUUCUCCACACAUGCAGCCUGAAACUUGUGUGCCUUUCUUCAACUAUACCACAGUAGAGAGAUGGAAGGUG